AUGAAUGGCUGUCAUAAGAAUAGAGAUAACUAUACCUUAUUAAAUCCUGGAGAACACAAUGAAAUGGACUUGUUUGGAUACAGAACCGUGCGUUGGCGGCAGGUCCUGUGUGUUGUGGGAUAUAUCUUUUCUCUUGGCAUUCUUCCACUUCUUUUUUACUGGAAACCAGAGUGGGAUGUCUGGUGUCAAUGUGUCCCAUGCAACUUGGAAAGUGCUAAUGUAGUGUUGCUCCAAACAACUGAUGACUUUAAGCAGUAUUGCAAGAAAAAAGUGAGAUGGGUCCAGCCUUUUAAUUAUGGACUACCGGAGGAACACUGCAUCAUUUCUGAUGAUAAAUCUCUGAUUACAAAAGCACUGAUACAGCCAGGAAACAAGAUACGUUACAUAAGUGUGCAGAGAGUUCGUUAUAUCUGGAAUGCUUUGGAAAAAUGUUUUCAAAAACCUGGGGUUCUGGAGGAACAAUAUUCUUGUUCGGAUGUUCACUCAAAGUUUAGUUCUGGUUUAAGUUAUGAAGAGCAAGAAAUAAGACAGGUAGUAUGUGGACUAAAUACAAUCGAAGUGGAAAUUACUCCAAUUUGGAAACUGCUUUUCAAAGAGGUACUAAAUCCGUUCUAUAUCGCCCAAGCCUAUGCACUCAUCAUCUGGUUUGCUACUGGCUAUAUUGAGUUCUCUGUAGUGCUCCUUAUUAUUACACUGCUGUCUGCUGGUGCUACUGUAUACUAUCUGAGAAUGCAAUCAGUUAAAUUGCACAGCUUGUUUGAAUCUAAUAAUAAUACAACGGUUACUAUUCUUCGAAAAAAUGGAGCUAUUGAAGAAAUUGAGUCUCGUUAUUUAGUUCCUGGAGACGUAAUCAUUAUAACUGCAAGAAAGUUUUAUUUACCAUGUGAUGUCAUAUUGAUAACAGGAGGAUGCAGGGUCAAUGAAGGAAUGUUGACAGGGGAAAGUGUACCAGUGACAAAGACACCUUUACCACAUACUAACAACACAGUUCCUUGGAAAGCAUACAGUGCUGAAGAUUACAAAAGCCAUAUCCUCUUUUGUGGAACUGAAAUUAUCCAGUCACAGCCUUCUGGUAACUGCCUUAUAAAAGCGGUUGUGUUGAAAACUGGAUUUAAUUCAGCAAAAGGAGACCUUGUUGGGUCUAUUUUGUACCCAAAGCCAGUUAAUUUUAAACUGCAGAGAGAUGUCAAAAGGUUUAUAAUUGGACUUCUAGGAAUUUCAAUGAUUGGAGUAAUUUACACCAUUAUUAUCUAUGCAAAUAGUGGGGCUUCUGCAGGGGAGACAGUAUUGUGGGCUCUACUCGUCAUAUCUGUCGGUAUCCCUGCUGCUCUGCCCGCUGCUGUAACAAUGAGUAUGUUGUAUUCCCAAAUGAGACUUCAGAAAAUCGGCAUAUUUUGCACAAGUAUCCAGAGAAUUGGAAUCUGUGGACAAUUAAACAUUAUAUGCUUUGAUAAAACAGGUACCCUAACUGAAGAUGGAAUGGAAUUGUGGGGAGUUCUACCUUCCAAUGGUGAAUGCUUUCAGGAUGUUCAUUUCUUCACACCAGAAAACAGCUUAUCAUGGGGUCCACUUCUAGGAGCAAUGGUCAGCUGUCACUCAUUAUUUCUCUUAGAUGGCGUAGUCCAUGGGGACCAAAUUGACUUGAAGAUGUUUGAAGGAACGGCAUGGAAAAUUCAUGAAAGCGAGGCAGAAACUCUAAACGAUCAAAAGAUGGCACCAUACAUGAUUGUCAAACCAGGCCCACAUGCUGCAUUGGUUCCAGUUGAAGGAGUGGCACUUUUGCAUCAGUUUCCUUUUUCAUGCAGCCUUCAACGCAUGUCUGUCAUUGUCCAAGUCAUUGGAGAAGAUGAACUGUUGGUUUUUAUGAAGGGGGCUCCAGAAAUGGUAGUGAAGUUUUGCAAACCAGAAACAGUGCCUUCCAAUUUCCAAAAAGACCUUGAUUACUGUACUUCACAGGGUUUCCGGGUGAUUGCUCUGGCAUACAAGAUAUUAGCCACAGACAAUCACACUGACAUUAGCAACAUGAAGAGGGAAGAAUUGGAAUCUGAGCUUGUUUUUAUUGGGUUACUUAUUAUGGAAAAUAGACUUAAACCUGAAACAAAAUCUGUUCUGGAAGAGCUCAAUGCAGCUAACAUAAGAAGUGUUAUGGUUACAGGUGACAAUCUUCAAACAGCAUGUACUGUUGCUAAAUCAUCUGGAAUGAUUUCUAUGGGCAGCAACCUGAUUGUGGUAGAAGCCCAUGCCCCAGGGAAAAAAACAGCUGCAUCAAUUUCAUGGAAAACUAUGCAAGAUGAUAAAAAAAAUAGUCAUUUGGACUAUGUUUCAAAUUGUGGCCAUGACAACAAAUCAUUAGAUUUCCAUUUUGCCAUGGAUGGAAACACCUACCAGGUGAUUGAGGAAAAUUUCUAUGAGUUGCUACCAAAAUUACUUAUCAAUGGAAAAGUUUUUGCAAGAAUGUGCCCUAGACAGAAAGCAAAACUUAUUGAAGAAUUUCAAAAAAUAGAUUACUGUGCUGGCAUGUGUGGAGAUGGAGCAAAUGACUGUGGGGCUCUAAAAGUGGCUCAUGCAGGUAUCUCCUUGUCGGAAUUAGAGGCAUCAGUGGCUUCUCCUUUCACAUCUAAAACGCCCAAUAUCGAAUGUAUACCAAAGCUAAUCAAGGAAGGAAGAAACUGUCUUGUUACAUCAUUCUGUAUAUUUAAGUACAACGCAAUGUACUCCAUGAUAUGUAUGAUAUGUAUGAUGCUUCUCUUCUGGAAACUAAAUAUGUUAGGAAAUCGCCAUUACUUGAUACAGGAUGUGGGCAUUACCAUCACGUUUUCAUUGACAAUUAGUUUAACAGGCCCAUCACCAACCUUGGCUCCAUACAGACCACCUGCACGGCUUAUUUCACCUCCUAUCUUACUCUCAAUAAUUCUAAAUUUAGUUUUCAGUCUUAUUAUACAAACUGUUGGUUUCACUCUGGUUCAGCAGCAGUCAUGGUACAACGAAACAGAUAUAUUUAGUGGUUGUCUUCCUUUAAAUAUGAGUUUAUACAACUACACAAUAAAAGAGGAACCAGAAAAGGAUCAGAAUUAUUUAACAACCACAAUGUGGUUUAUAAGUGGAAUGAACCUUAUCAUUGUAGAAUUUGUCUUCUCCAAAGGAAAACCUUUCAGAAAACCAAUCUAUACAAACUAUUUGUAUUUCUUCAUAAUUGCCGCACAACUUGCAGCCUACAUAUUUUUGUAUUUUGCUGACAUUGAAAGUGUAUACCACAUUAUGGAGUUUGUCUGCACACCAUACUAUUGGAGGGGAAAUGUAUUCAUCAUGAUUGCUGUGCUUUUUGCUGUUUCCUAUCUUGCAGAGGAAUUCUUUAUUGAAAACAGAAAAUUAUGGAAGAUGUGUAAAACUAUUUUUAACUACACAUCAAAAAGCAAGUAUAAAAUGCUGCAAAGAAUGGUGAAAAAUGAUCCACAAUGGCCUCCCCAAAAUAAAUUAGUUUACUCUACUCAAAAAAGCACCGGAAAAGGAUUCAUGUUUCAAUAUACCAAUCAAAACAUUAAUUUGGAGGGAUGA